AUGGCUUUACGGUUUUGCAAUAUCAUUUCUCAGUGGUUGAGUAGGAAUGUCCCAUUUGUAAAACAGCCCGCCACCCCGCCGUGGUGCACCCCUCGUCUACGGCAACUGAAGCGGGAACGUAACCGUGCUCAACGUGCUCGUCGCCAUCGGAGAACGCCAUUGACUCAGUUCAAUUUCAAACAUGCUAGUGAUAAAUAUCGCCGCCUGAAUGCUUCAUUGUAUAAAUCGUAUGUACUGCGAGUGCAAACUGAUCUUAAGAGGCAACCGAAAAACUUUUGGAAUUUUGUCAACUCCAAACGAAAAUCCUCUUCGAUUCCUUUGAACGUUUGCUACGAUGGUGUUGAGUCCAAUUCAACUUCUGACUCUUGUGAGCUGUUUGCGAAAUUCUUCGCUUCCGUCUUUGCUGAUGAAAAAGCUACUAAUAGUGAUGCUGAAAUUGCGGCUGCGCACGUUCCAGCCGAUUUGGUGGAUUUGGGUUUGUUCAGCAUUACAACCGACAUGGUUAUAACCGCCACUAAAAAAUUAAAGCGUUCGUUCUCUGCGGGACCUGAUGGGAUUCCAGCUGUAGUUUUGAGCCGUUGCAUAGCGGUGUUGGCCAAUCCUUUAUGCUUCAUAUUCAAUAAGUCAUUCGCACAAGGAAGAUUUCCCGAAGUUUGGAAGGAAUCGUUUAUGUUUCCAGUAUUCAAAACCGGCGACCGUCUCAACGUAAGGAAUUAUCGAGGAAUCACUAGCCUUUCUGCAGCUUCCAAACUGUUUGAGAUAAUUGUGAGUGGUGUAAUACUGUCCCGCACUAAGAACUAUAUUUCAACGGUGCAGCACGGUUUCAUGCCUGGUAGAUCUGUUUGCACUAAUUUGCUGGAGUUUACAUCGAUGUGUAUCUCGCAUAUGGAGGACAAGAAGCAAAUGGUUGAAUGGCUGAACUCAUACCUCAGUGGUAGGGUACUUCGUGUGAAACUGGGUAGUAGUGUUUCAUCGGUGUUUACCAAUAAGUCUGGAGUCCCUCAAGGAAGUAACAUGGGACCUCUACUCUUCUUGCUAUUCUUCAACGAUAUUGCGUUGCUGCUGGGAGUUGGCUGCAAUCAUCAGACCACUUCAAAUAUAAAAUACUUCAGUGUGAUAUUCUAG